AUGGCUCCCGUGGCCGGCGCCCACGCCGCCGUCGGGGGUUUCCUGGGCUCUUGGGAAGGCUUGGCCCAGCCGCCACUGAGCGCGCCCUUCCUGCUGCCCCCAGCCGGGCAGGGCCCCAGACCGCGGGCGCCCCUGCUGGGCCCCAGAGGUGGCCCCGGGCCUGGAAUCGGCCCGGGGGCGCCGGCAGACUUCGCUCACCUGCAGGGCGUCUUGCGACGGAGGCAGCUCUACUGCCGGACGGGUUUCCACCUGCAGAUACUGCCAGACGGCCGUGUGCGCGGCACCCGACGGGACCACAGCCUCUUCGGUAUUCUGGAAUUCAUCAGCGUGGCUGUAGGACUGGUCAGUAUCAGAGGUGUGGACACUGGCCUCUACCUUGGAAUGAAUGACAAAGGAGAGCUCUAUGGAUCUGAGAAACUGACUUCUGAGUGCAUCUUCAGGGAGCAAUUUGAGGAGAACUGGUAUAAUACGUAUUCAUCCAACAUACAUAAACACGGGGACUCAGGCCGAAGGUUCUUUGUGGCACUUAACAAAGAUGGCACCCCACGCGAUGGAUCCCGGUCAAGACGCCACCAGAAGUUCACCCACUUCCUGCCCAGGCCGGUGGACCCAGAGAGGGUGCCUGAGCUAUAUAGGGAUGUGCUGCUGUACAGUUGA